UCUCCCCUUGUUCCCCACAGCAAAAAUCCCCAAACUCGCCGCCGGCCGGGGAGACGGCCACAGGCGGCGCCGCCCCUGCGUAGUACCAUGGAGAGGACCACCGCAGACCCAAGAUCGGUGCGCCGCCACCUCUCCUCUCCCGGCGUCGCCCUCCCCGAGGAUCUGAUCGUGGGGGAGAUCCUCGUCCGGCUUCCGGCCAAGUCGCUCUUCCGGUUCCGUGCGGCCUGCCGCUCCUGGUGCAACCGCACCUCCACGCACCAGUUCAUCUCCUCCUUCGGCCGCAAGCUUCCUCUCGUCGGUCUGUAUUCGAACCCCCUGAAAAGCUUACACGACAAAUCUGGCCUCGAGUGUGUGGAUGUUCUUGCCGCCGCCAACAACCUCAGAUCUGUCCUCACUUUUGAUUGCUACUCGAACUGGCUCUGCGCUUCCUUGGAUGGCCUCUUGUUGGUGUCCUACGGCAAUGGUCGCCACAUUAUCUGCAACCCUGCCACCCGGCAAUCGAUCCCGCUCCCUCAGCUCACCGGAGGAGUCGUUGCAGGCUUGUACUCGUCGCCCACCGCCGACAGGGGCGUGGAGUACCGUACUCUGUUUUCCAAGGGAAGACUCCCCAUAUGCAAUCCCAAGUACUACAUCCUCACCGUCGGCUCACCAAUGGAGCCCAGACCCGUCCAGCUGCCUGAGGAACCCGACAAUCUGAAGAUAGCGUUGCUCCACGGCAUCAACGAUCCCACUCCAAGCCUGUGCCAUCGGCCAACAGUUAUGCUCAACAGCUGUCUUCACUGGGUGCCAGAGUCAUGCCGUCAUGACAAAGUGGUUGUUUUCGAUACGGUGGCCGAGUCAUUCAGAUCCAUUCAAUCUCCGACUGCCGCCCAAGAAAAUACUCGCUUGUUUGAGAUGGGCAGUCAGCUUGGCUUCAGCUUGUACAAUGGCAGAAGUGAUACAGUGAGCAUUUGGUCCCUGCAUGAUUACAACAAUGAGAUCUGGGCGCUAAGGCAUUCCAUUAACUUGUCAAUGGUGGUCACAUCCUCGAUGAGAAGUUACAUGAUUCUCUCUGACAAAGGCGAUGUGCUAAUUUCCUGCAGAGGUUCUAGCCAGCUUAUUCACUGUGAUACUGAAGCAAAUGUACUGAACCAGUUAACAUGUGAACCAAGAGAUCCAAGCGUCACUGGACAUUGGUUCAAGGAGAACAUUUCGAGGCAUGAUUUCUUCCAGAGGAAAAAAGGGCAGCGCCUGAGACAGCAGACACGCUUUCUCAAAGGCCUCUAAGAAGAGGGUUCUUGGUUUCUGUGGACUUGGUGCUCCAAUUUUUGGUUCAGAGAUAUUAGCUUUGAUUCUGAAUUCUCGGUUUCUCUGUGGGGUUCUUGGUUCUUGUGAGGGGCUUGGAUUCUUGUUCAGACAUACUAGCUCUUAUUCCGAAUUUUUCCAAAAUAAUUGUUGAAGAACAGGACAUGGAGGACCUGAAACCUCUUCAGGAAGGUGUCCCUUCUCGUAUUUGGUUUGUCCCUUCGUGCUUUAGCUAUUGUGGUUUCAAUGUGGUAGGGGAGCAGGAGUGUGCUCAAGGUUGCCUUUACUGGAGCUGUCUGUUUGAUUAGCGUGAAUGGGGAGAACUGACUUCUUUGUGACAUAUAUUAUACAGAAACAGCGUACAUCCUAUAAAUUCUAAACUAUGUCAUCUUAAGUCAAGUGGUUUCUGAUAGUUUUUUUUUGCGUGGAUGGUUUUGAUAGUUAUUAUAUAUUCCCAUACAUUAGGCACACACCCUGCAGACCCUAUAUGCUUGUUGUGUGCAUAUGUGUUGUUCUGGAUGUCUUUAUCGAAUAUGAAUGUAGUUUACACAAUGUACCUUUUGGUUCCCAAAUGAACAGGACCUGUGAUAUUUCAAAUUCC